UGUCGCUGUUGGCCGUGCGUGCCUACAACACGUCAGAUUGUGCUCUCGGAGAAUUUCACAGCGUUUUGUCAGGAACUGUCAUCAUGCGACCGUGUAACAAAGUUUUCAACAUGCGGAAAAGCAUGAAAGCGGACACGCGUAGAUGCUUGGCUUUGACGUAGGCUAGAAUCACAGUUGUGACCAGACACUAAGCGUUUCUUCUAACUUACCUGCAUUUACCUGGUCCGCUCACAUCCACCUGUUGUCCCAUCGGCGGCAAGUAGGCACACAAAGACGGUGGGACUGUGAGUGAGGAAUGAGAUGAGGUUUUACCCCUAUAAGUUAGCAUGUCUCUUGGCGUUCGGGUGUUUUGUGUCGGUUACUUGGAUUAAAUCGAUUCCCAGUGAUGAAGGUUCAACAGUGAUGCCUGACCUGCAGAUCCUGUACAAGCGUCUGCUGGUGGCCGAGGAGCUGGGGGGGCAGGUCAGUCAGGAUCUCAGCAGCAUCCUGGAACAGCUAAGGAACCUUUCCAAAACUGGCAACGACACCUAUCUUUACUCUGUCCACAACAGGACAGGCUUUAAAGAAACAGAAAAGCAACCUACAGGCUUGCAAACAUUCAUUCAGCCCAAUAUUUACAUUUUCAUGCCCCACCUCAGACUCCAUCCGGGCAGCCUUGUACCUAAUGUAGUGCUGGGACAGGGACGUCGUGGAGGUAUGAAUCCUGUCUCUCUCUCUGUCUUUCAGACAAACUUAGACUAUGUGAACAGUGUAGCAGAGACCAUCAUGAAGAAUUUUCCCAAGGAGGUGCAGUCUGGAUUGCUGGAGGUCAUCUCUCCUUCACAGUAUUACUACCCUGACUUCGCCAGCCUUAAGGAGACUUUUGGAGACUCCAAAGAAAGAGUCAAAUGGCGAACAAAACAGAAUCUGGACUUCAGCUUCCUCAUGCUCUACGCUCAAGACAAAGGAACGUUUUAUGUUCAGUUAGAGGAUGAUGUUGUUGCUAAGUCGGGCUACUAUGACGAGAUGAAGGCCUACGCCACAAACGAAGCGUCAAAGCCAUGGCUCUACCUUGAGUUCUCCCAGCUUGGAUUUAUAGGCAAGUUGUUUCGCACCCGGGACCUCCCAAUGAUCGCCGAGUUCUUCCUCAUGUUUCACAGAGACAAACCUAUUGACUGGCUGCUGGAUCACAUUCUGUGGGUGAAGGUUUGCAACCCCGAGAAAGAUGAUAAACACUGCACAGAGCAGAAGGCACUACUCAAGCAGAGGUACAAGCCUUCCCUCUUUCAGCAUGUUGGUCUCCACUCUUCUCUGCCCGGAAAACUGCAGCAUCUGAAGGACAAAGACUUUGGGAAGCAGACGCUGUACAAGGCUCACAAUAACCCACCUGCAGAGGUGAGCAGCACUUUGAAACACUACCAGACGCACAGUUUGAAAAGUGCUUACGAAGGACGAGAUUUCUUCUGGGCAAUAACUCCCCUCCAGGGUGACUACAUCCUCUUCAACUUCUCCCAGCCAGUCUACACUUCUGGGUACCUGUUUCGCAGUGGAAAUAUCGAGACCAAUGGAGAUAAAUUCUUCAAUACAACAGUGGAAGUACUGCCUAGCAGUGUGCUGGCAAGACACAAAGUGGCCAUUCCUCAUUACAGGGAGUCGGGCAAUGGCUUCAUCAUUGUUGGCUCAAAUUAA